AUGGUAUUUAAUCUAUUCAUAUUCUUAGCCUAAAGCUCAAAAAACAUCUAAAGCUAAAAAAUUAUAAAAAAGAGUUGCAGAUAGAAAAAAGAAUCCUUUAUUUGUUAAAGAAGCCAAAAAUUUUAGAAUUGGCAAUGAUGUUCAACCAAAAAGAGAUCUAUCCAGAUAUGUUAGAUGGCCUAGAUACAUCUUACUUCAUAGAUAAAAGAAAAUAUUACUUUAAAGAAUUAAAGUACCUGCUGCAAUUCAUUAAUUCAGCAAAACAUUAGAUAAAAAUUAAUGUACAUCAUUUUUAUCUAUUGUUAUCAGCAUCAAAAGUCCUAGGUUUAUUAAAGAAAUACUCACCAGAAACAAAAACAGAAAAGAAACAAAGAUUGACAAAAUUAGCAGAAUAAAAAGCAUAAGCUUAAAAGGGUGAAUCAAAAAAAGUACAAGUCUUAAAAUUCGGUCUUAAUCAUGUGACUACAUUGGUUGAAACUAAGAAAGCAAAAUUAGUAUUAAUAGCAUAUGAUGUUGAUCCUAUCGAAUUAGUAGUAUGGUUACCAUAAUUAUGCAGAAGAUAAGAAGUUCCAUUUUGUUUUAUCAAAAGUAUUAUUUAAAAGAAUAAAUUAUAGAUAAAGCUAGACUUGGAGCAUUAGUACAUUAAAAAACUGCUACUUGUGUUGCUUUGACUGAAGUAAGAAAGGAAGAUCAAGCAGAAUUCGAUAAUUUAGUAUAAAAUAACAAAUAAUUGUUAAGGCUCGUGAUUUAAGAUAACAUUAUAAUGAAAACCAUGAACUAUUAAGAACUAUAGGAGGUGGAUAGGUUGGAAUCAAAUCAAGACAUUAAUAGGAAGCUUUAAAGAAGGCUUUAGAAUUAGAAGAAUUAAAAAAAACAUCACAAUGAACAUUCUUACAUUACAGAGU